AUGACUCGUCGCGUGGCCGUCCGCGCCCCAACUGCUGCGAGUCUCCCAGAUUCCUUCCGCAUCCCCUCAACCACCUUUUCGCUCGUCAAAGCCUUGGGAAAGCUAUCCCGAUCCUCCCUGCUUGACCUGGUAAUCCAAUGGCUAGAUGACAAAGAUGUCAAGGCCUUUCCGCCGUACCUUGGCCCUCGCAGUGUGGUCAAUUUUGUCGCGGAAGAGGAGGGCCUUACUGCUUACCCACUCGCUGCAUCAGUGGAGGAGUUGAGGGCCAUAUAUGAGGACCUCCGGGACCGGAAGGGUGGCAAGAGGGAGGUGAUUGAUCGGAUCCUCGAGGGAGAUUGGAGGCAUGGGAUAUCGCUUCGUCAGCUUGCAAUGGUGGACAUGCGCUACAUUGAGGACCAUCCAGUCGGACUGCGGUGGACGGCUCUCCAAUUGGUACCUCUCAAAGGCGAUUCUGCCCAGUUUCAGUCGGGAGGAGAUGCAUCCACCCCGUUCCCUCGAUUCCACGCCUCGACCUUUCUUAGAUCCAUCCAGCACGAAAUAUCUCCUCUCGUGAAGGCCCAUUACUACAUAUACCGCUCAAAGACGCUUCCAUUAACCUUUGUUCGCAUCUUCGUCAUCGACUCCCCCUACCAACAACCCCACUAG